UGUUUUGAUGUGGUAUCCUCCAAUUUAAUGUCUUACAUCAGCAAAAUAUCGCAAAUAUGCAACUCUGGCGAAGAAUUGUGUACAUCGGGAUCGGGUUUUUCGAGUCGUUGACCGUAACCGGGAUACUAUUUGGGUGGCCCGCGCUCCUCCACAUGUUCCAAAUUGAAGGGAUAUAUUCCCAUUUCUGUAUCGAGGAUGGGUUCCAAGUCCAAAAUGUGACUGCACAAAGUGCCACCACGAUUCCCACGAUAAUUCGAUGCUCACGUCAAGACAACAUGUUUGGACUUUUGUACUCCGUCAUGAUUGCGACAUACGGAAUUCCUUCGGCAUUAAUUGGAUUUUCACUGGACUAUGCUGGACUACGAUUUACUCGCAUUAUGGGAACCCUCAUGAUGAUUGGGGGAUUUAUCUUUGUCGGAUUAGCCACUGCAGCGAAUCCGUGGAUGGUGUGGCCUGGCAUGUUGCUAAUUUCAUUUGGAUCCAACGGGAUGCGUCUGUGCUCCCUGCAAUGUGGAAACGCUUGGCCGGAGAAACGUUCCACGAUUAUGUUUUGCUAUACGUCGGCCCAUGCGGCGUCCACCCUUGUCUUUCUCAUGUUUCAGUACGCCAACGCUGCCGGGAUCUCUCUCCGUUCCACGAGCCUCGCAAUGUCCAUCGUUUGCGGGGUGACCUUGAUCUCGUCAUUUAUCUUACCAAAAAUGAAGACCAACCAGAGCAAAAUUCUGAGAAAAAUUCAGUCCCGUUAGAAAAAAUUAAUGCCGUAAAUGGCAUGCAUACCGUGGAAAAUGUCGAAAACGACCCUCCCCCCAAAAAAGAGGAUGCUCCCAUCCCACUGGCCGAAUCUAUUAACACGAUCUCCUUCGCAUUUCAUAACGUUUGGCUCAUCAACAUUUACAUGCUGCGAUUUUACGUCACUAGCUUUAACACGUGGGCCUGGAAGACGACGAACGACCCGAAUCAGAUCGCCUUCUACAACUCCUUUUCUGGCAUUUGUCUCCUAAUUUCGCCAUUUAUAAAUCCAAUCGGCGGCAUGAUAACGGACUACCUGACGAAAAAAGCGGCUAAAAAGGAAAAUCCUGUCGAUCGAUUAGCUUCCACCUUCCAGGCCUCGAUAUUCAUCCUCUCGUUAGGAAGUUUGCUCACGCUGGCCGUUUACCUGUGCAAACUGUCCUACUCGCCGAUUGCAGUUUACGUCUCGAUCGUCCUCAUGUCCGUCGUGAGGUCGGUCACAAUCGCUAGUUUGUACUCUUACGUUCGGAUACGAUUUUAUCCCGAACAUUUCAACCGGCUUACAGGAAUAGCAUUUACUAUAAUUUCCAUCGUGUGUCUCCUCCAUUAUCCGCAAUAUUUGUGGUUAUUCCACUCAGGAGGGGAGCUUGCGAGCUCCCCUCCUCAGAAGAAUCGUACUAUUGGGCAAGCUACACAUUCUGCUUCAUGAUCUUGUUGACCUUUGCAAGUCCUGGACACUUACUGAUACCAUCGCUAGCGAAGAAGUUUGCACGGAGGGAACUAAAUAAUCGUAAAUUAUUCUGAGACACUGAAGUAUGCAUUUACUCGAUUUGUUUAUUAUAUUAAGAAAAUACAACAUAAACCAACAAUUUAUAUUAAAAUUGAUAUUAAAAUUUUGUUGCUAAUUUGCUGCGACAACAAUAAACGAGCCAACUGAAA